UUCAGAUACCAAUGGGUGGCAGGAAACGCGGGAACCCAUUUCUGGCACGCCCACACAGGUCUUCAGAAGAUGGACGGUCUUUAUGGGAGCAUCGUUAUUAGACAGCCACCUGCCAUGGACCCUAACAGCCAUUUGUACGAUUUCGAUCUUACGACGCACGUUAUGCUGCUCAGCGAUUGGUUGCACGAAGAUGCCGCAGAGAGAUUCCCUGGUAGACUGGCGGUGAACACCGGUCAAGACCCCGAGAACAUGUUGAUCAACGGCAAAGGUCAGUUCAGGGAUCCGAACACCGGUUUCAUGACCAACACGCCAUUGGAAGUGUUCACGAUAACGCCCGGCAGGCGGUACCGUUUCCGGAUGAUCAAUUCGCUCGCCUCCGUCUGCCCCGCUCAGAUGACCAUCCAAGGGCACGACUUGCAUCUCAUCGCUACUGACGGCGAACCAGUUCAUCCGGUUACUGUCAACACCAUUAUCUCAUUCUCUGGUGAAAGGUACGACUUCGUAAUCAAUGCAGAUCAACCAAUAGGAGCCUAUUGGAUCCAAGUACGAGGUCUCGGUGAAUGUGGUAUCAGAAGGGUACAGCAAUUGGCCAUCCUCAGGUACGCUAGGGGACCGUACCAACCGACAGCAGCGCCACCUACGUACGAUUUCGGUGUGCCACAGGGAGUGGUGAGUAGGCCCCAGGGCUGUAAAUACAAUGCUAUGGUAUGAG